CCUGCCACACAUGCAGUAUUUCACACGGGGCUACGGAGACUUGUCAACCACUUGCGUGCGCGCUGCCUCUGGUGCUGGACGACACGCGGAGGACAACGCGACAAGACUGCGUGUUUUUCUACCCACUGUUGUUUUGCUUGAACGUGGACGCGAGGAUGAAUAGGAGAAUACAACACUUAUUUUAAGGAGUUCUCUUUUUGUUGCAGAAGAUAAUCGGGAUGAAGAAUUAAAGAAUUAAAGAGUUCGUGCCAAGUAUGUCUAAACCGAUGGAUCACGUCAAACGCCCGAUGAACGCCUUCAUGGUGUGGUCAAGAGCCCAGCGGAGGAAAAUGGCCCAGGAGAACCCCAAAAUGCACAACUCUGAGAUCAGCAAGCGGCUGGGCGCUGAGUGGAAACUUCUGACCGAGUCUGAGAAGAGGCCCUUCAUCGACGAAGCCAAGCGUCUGCGGGCCAUGCACAUGAAGGAGCACCCCGAUUACAAGUACCGGCCCCGGCGGAAGCCUAAGACCCUCAUGAAAAAGGACAAGUUUUCCUUCCCGGUGCCCUACAACCUCGGGGAGCACGACGCGCUCAAAGUCAGCGGCAUCUCCGCCGGAGGGCUACACGAGAGUAUCAUCGGCAACCCGGACAAGGCGGCGGCGGCUGCGGCGGCCGCGGCGGCCCGGGUCUUCUUCAACCCGUCCAUGUCCACGAACCCUUACUCCUUUUUCGACCUGGGCUCCAAGAUGAGCGAGCUCUCGCCGCACUCCUUCCCCUACGCGUCCCCGCUGGGCUACCCGCCGAGCGCAGCCAGUGCGUUCGCGGGGAGCGGCGGCGCCGGGACGCACACUCACUCGCACCCGUCCCCCGGGAACCCUGGCUACAUGAUCCCUUGCAACUGCACGGCGUGGCCCUCCACCGGACUCCAGCCGCCCCUCGCGUACAUCCUGCUCCCCGGGAUGGGGAAGCCACAGCUCGAACCUUACCCCGCCUACGCAGCGGCGUUAUGAUCGACCCCGCGCGAGAUUAAAACAAAACAAACUAUCGAUUAGUUUGAUUUACGCAUGCACAGACUUGAACAUGUGAUGACGUGUGCAUUUAUCACAUGUAUAUGGAUGAUUGCCUUUAUUUAAGGUCUCCGUGAGAACUCGCCAAACUUCUGCCAAAUUACUCACGAAAGAGGGAGGGGGGAAGGCGACACUAUAAUUUGCACCUGUUGGAGCUAGGACUGGUUCGUGGGUUCAUCGUGGGAGGAUUGUGACACACACACAAAAAAAAAACAUGUACAAAAAAAAGUCAGUUUAUUUAGUGUUCCGAGAAACCCAAGCAAGGACAUUUCACUAGCAUCAUGUGUACGUUUAGAGCAGGGGUGGGGAAUCUUCGCAGUUUUGAUAAAGUCCUCCAGGGCCAUACAAAAUUUACAGUAGAAUGGAACAAAUGUUCAUUAUUCCAGAUUAUGUGCAGUAAAGGGUUUGGGGGCUUUUUAUAACAGUUCCUUUACAAUUGCAUGGCUGCCCUGAUCCAAUGCUUGGGCUGUUUGUGGCCCACGGGCCUUGGAUUCCUCACCCUUGAUUUAGAGUUUUUAAACCCUUUUCUAGAUGUCUGUAAUAUUUAUUGUUUAGUGGAAUCUAUGGUGAGCAAAUAAAAAGGACAAGACUGAAUUUGCACAUGAGACGUUUUAAGAGGACAUAAUUUAUUUUAUUGCCCUUCAGACCCCGAUUCAAACGUACCCAAACACUUUCCUCUUGUGUCAUGUGCAGGGAUUGCAAGAAAACCGUUUUUUUUUUUUUUUUUAAAUAACUAACUCGUACAAAAUUUCUGUGUUUUCUUUUGUGUCACCUGUUGAGAAACGGAUCACAAGAAAGAAAUAAUCAUAACAAUAAACCCGAAUAGAAUUAAAAACUAACCGCUUUUUGAUGUGAUUAACAUAUUUUUCUCCCCUCGUUCUGUGAAGUGCAGGUAAAGUGUAAAAUACCCCCUCUUCGUAAAACGGUCGCUUUUGUACGGUCUCAAUGAGGGUGUAUUUAUUUAAAGUGCAUGCACCCCUUAAAAGUGCAUUUAUAUAAUCUGAAUUAAAACGGACGUACAACCUGCUGAUGUUCUCAA